AUGACGGGACUCCCCGCUGUCUUUGCUCGGUAUUCCACGGCUAUAAAUCUGAGCACACAAUCGGAUAACCUCAGCUGGAGCUGCUCACACUCAGAGAGAGCGCUAUUAUUUCCUGUGAAGAACGCCCCCUUGUCUUCAGCGCCUUUUGAUUUUGUGUAUGAGGGGCCCUACACUAAACACUCCAAUCCCUCCAGGCCACCAGAUGGUGCUCUGGCCAUUAGGAGACAGAGUAUUCCAGAUGAGUUUAAGGGCACCAGCACUGUGGAGCUGAUCAAGAAGGAAGGCACCACUCUUGGCCUGACAGUCUCCGGAGGCAUCGACAAAGACGGCAAGCCCCGCGUCUCCAACCUGCGCCAGGGCGGCAUCGCUGCCAGGAGUGACCAGUUGAACGUAGGGGACUACAUAAAGUCCGUGAAUGGAAUCAACUUGACCAAGUUUCGUCAUGAUGAGAUCAUCAGUCUGCUCAAGAAUGUGGGGGAGAGGGUCGUCCUGGAGGUCGAGUACGAGCUGCCGCCGGUCUCUGUACAGGGCUCAGGGGUCAUGUUUAAAAACGUGGAGGUGACGCUGCACAAAGAAGGCAAUACAUUUGGUUUCGUCAUCAGAGGAGGUGCCUAUGAAGACAGAAACAAAUCUCGCCCGGUUACCAUAACAACCAUCAGACCCGGCGGUCCGGCCGACAGGGAAGGUACCAUCAAACCCGGUGACAGGCUACUCAGCAUCGACGGAAUUCGUCUGCAUGGAAUGUCUCACGCAGAGGCUAUGAGCAUCCUCAAACAAUGUGGCCAGGAAGCCACUCUUCUCAUAGAGUAUGAUGUGUCAGUCAUGGAUUCUGUAGCCACAGCUUCAGGCCCGCUGCUGGUGGAGGUGGCCAAGUCCAUGGGCUCCAGUUUAGGUCUGGCUCUCUCUACCUCCAUGUACUGCAAUAAGCAGGUCAUCAUCAUUGACAAGGUCAAACCAGCCAGCAUCGCCGAUAGAUCAAUGCAUGGAGAGGAGAGAUGUGCGCUGCAGGAACCCGAUGCCUGCUUGUGA